AUGUCAAAAAGCACUUUCAAGGCAUUCGUCGAGUACAAGGGACCAGAAGGAGGAUAUCGUGUCAAACUGGCAGACAACGCCGACGAUUUGUCCGAGGAGGAGACGGAAGAUGAUGAUCGCGCUAGCAGAUGCUACUCGGAGAUCACCGACAGUGAGAGCGACAUCCAGCCGUACGCGGCUCAAACAAAACAACAGGCUGAAGCGAAGAAACGCUAUGAUAAGGCCUGGUUUGCUGCCAAGGAGCUUGUGGAUAGUGAACAGCGCUAUGUAGAUAAACUGCGGCUAUUAGACGAGCGAGUAGUCAAAGAUGCCGCUAUUGACAAGGAAAAACAACAGAAAUUGUUCGCCAAUAUAUCCAGCCUGUAUCAAUUCCACAACACUCAUUUCCUUCCACAGCUCAUGGAGGCAAGCCGUGACUGGCAUACCACCAAGAGGAUAGCAAAUGUCGUCCGUAAACAGGCACCAUUCCUGAAAAUGUAUUCUGAGUACACCAAUAAUUAUGAACGAGCGUCACGGAUAUUUGAGGAGCUAAAAAAGAAGAAAAAAUUCGCCGAUGUGGUGCGAGAGGUUGAGAAAGUUAGCGAAUGUGAAGGCCUUCCACUUUCCCAUCAUCUGAUCUGUCCUGUUCAAAGAGUAAUGCGAUACCAGUUACUACUACAGGAAUACAAGAAACACCUGCUGGAAUCAGAUGUCGACUACGAGGACACAGCCCUUGCUCUUCAGCUGGUUCUUCAAGCCGCAUCUCAUGCGAAUGAGAUGAUGAAGAAGCUGGAUGGUUUCGGAAAAGUGAUUGAAGUACAAGAGCAGCUAGGAAACUCGAUAUCACUAGUGUCACCUGGCCGAGAGCUGCUCAAAACCGGCACGCUACAGAAAAUCUCAUCGACCACGGAAAAAACUGAGGAACGAACGAUUUUCCUCUUCAACGAUCUUAUUCUGUUGGCCGGUGAACGAAAAAUGAUUGGUCUCUAUAAAUAUCGUCUACGAGCCGUUUUCCAUGCAUGUCACACACAGAUAUGCGAAGGAGACAAUCUUGAGAGAGAACAUUCAUUUUACAUCAGAGGUUCCGAUGGCAACGGUCCGCAACGAUGUGUUGAACUUUUCUCAGAGACUCAAAAGGAAAAGAACGAGUGGGUAGAGAGCAUAUGUGCAGUGAUCGAAGAUUGUCGAGCCAAUUCGGCUACGUUUGGUGCAGGAGUGAAGGCCUCGCUCUCGGAAACGAACAACAACCACUGUGAAAGCCGGAAUUGUGCUGACUGUGACGCUGAGUUUAGCCUAUUCUAUCGUGGUGUGAAAUGUGGCAAAUGUCGACGAAAGCUCUGUAAAAAGUGUUUUGGAAGGUACCGAACAGAGAGCAAGAAUAAUCGAAUCUGUGAACCGUGCGUGAAGAACAUGGGCUUUGAGUCGAUUCGUCGUUCGGCAUCAGCUCAGUCAAACGGGCGAACAAAUGUUUUGGCAGUACCAGCCCAAGGAAAAGGAAUACUGCAUGCCAGUAGGGUAAAGUUCCGAGGAUCUCUAGGCAAGACCUUCGAGCGGUACUUCGUCGUCCGCAACGAUUUCUGCCUGUACUCCUACAAUUCCGCCGAUGACGAUUGUGCGUUGGCGAUGUUGCCGUUGCCUGGUUGUGAGGUCAAGCUCUGUGGUGAACGGAUUCACGUUCUCACUUCGAGUGGGUUCCCGCAGGAUGUACACCGUCACCGUCGAGGACGAGCAGAAUCAACUUCGAUGGAUGGCAGUGUUGGACUUGGCCGCGAAUGCACAACUUCAACAGACUCCAGAGUCAGAUUCUAG